UCAAACAUGGAGUAAGGAGGAGAUGGGGCCCGUCCGGAGCGAGCCGAGCCGACGACAGCGAGCCUUUUUCGGUCAACACGUUCCCGGCCGAGCCCGCUGCGGAGGAAAAAAGACAACAAAAAGGAGAAGAAGAAGAAGAAGAAGAAGAGGAGGGUGAGGAGGUUGGCGGAUUUAGGCGUGAAAAGAAGAGGAGGAGGAGGAGGAGGGAGGACAAACGCACGAGCCACCGGAAGAUGGCAGGAGCCGCGCGCGCGCCAAAAUGGAGAGACCGCGGCGCGUUGCCGUGGCGCGAAAUCAUCAGCGCGGUGGCACGUGAAAGCAACAAAAGAACAUGAGCGACGAAGACCACCCCACGCCUCACGAUGACAGCUACAUGGUGCGCGUGAACGCGCUGGUGAUGACCCGCGACGACUCGAGCGGCGGCUGGCUGGCUCAAGACGGCGGCCUGAGCCGAGUGGGCGUGUGCAGGCUGACGCCCGCCGGACCGAUGGGUCGCAGCAGCUUCCUCAUCCGCGCAGAACGGCUGCGAGACAGACAGGUGAUUCUUGAAUGUUCCCUGAAGAAGGAUCUGGUCUACAUCAAGGCCACGCCCACCUUCCACCACUGGAGGGUGGACAACAGGAAGUGUGGCCUGACCUUCCAGAGUCCGACCGGCGCGCGCGCCUUCGACCGCGGCGUACGCAAGGCCCUGGAAGACCUGACGGAAGGCUCAACCACGUCAUCGUCCACGCUGCACAACGAGGCAGAGCUCGGAGAUGACGACGUGUUCACGACGGCCACGGACAGCUCGUCCAAUUCGUCCCAGAGGAAGGAGCCCGUCACACUGUCCUUUUGCGACCACCGCCGCCACCCCCGUUGCAUUCUGGGACAUCUGAAUGAGCAGCACCAGCCCUCCGACCAAUACUUCUAUGACCGCUACUUCUCUGACCGUUGCUUCCUGGAGCAAGCGGUGCAGGUGUUCCCUCGCCACGUGAGCUUCCAGCUGGAAGAGGGAGUUGUUCACAUCACCCCCCGGGAGCACGCCUGGCUCACCGGCUACGGGGACUACCGCCCGGCUACCACCACGCGGGACAAGCUCUCGCUGUUCAACACGCCCGACGCCUACAUGCACGACUCGCCCAAGCUCGACUACGGCUACCCGUAUCCGCUUGGCAAGUCCACCUGCCUUGACCCGGGUGGCGGCGGUGCCCCCCUGAGGGUGGCUGUGACGGCUCAGCCACAGCUGAAGCGAGGUCGCAAGGACGGCGAGCGUCUACGCUGCGUUUACUGUCAGGAUUUGUUCCAGCGUAAGGACAACAGGCGUGGGCGCUGCCAGGAGGCACCUGACCCAAUCCAAACAUGCAUCCGCCGAGUCAGCUUCCUGUGGUGCGCCGACAGCCUGCUGUACCACUGCAUGUCCGACCCGGAGGGCGACUACUCGGACCCGUGCUCGUGCGAGGCGGGCGAUGAGCGCUUUUGUUUGCGCUGGAGCGCCCUGCUAGCUCUGUCACUGCUGGUGCCGUGCAUGUGCUGCUACUUGCCGCUCACCGCCCUGCACCGAUGUGGCGUCGCGUGCCGAUGUUGUGGCGGCAGACACCAGGCAGCCGAGUGAGGCACCACCUCGACACCCCCCCGACCACCGACCCCCGGCUGUGAUUCUGCUCGGUGUUUUGUCUCGUUGUCUGUGUUGCAUUGUUACACUCACACAACAACAACCAAGUUUUUGUCGAUUGACAUUUAAGCUAGUGGUCCCCAACCAUCGGGCCGUGGGCCGGUUGCUACCGAGCCACACAGAAAGACUGAUCAAAAAACAUUUAGUUGAUUGUCACAGUCUGAAAGAGGUUUUACAGUAGUACCUUGACAUACGAGUGCCCCAUCUUACAAGUUAAAACAACAAAAACAAGACCGGCUAAGGGCUUACAAAACUAAGAAAUGCGCCAUGAGCGACACUGACUCACCGCAUGGCUUGAUUUGAAACGUCAGUGGCUUUUUUGUAUGCCGUUCGCUCUUCACUCCAUGAACUGCGUCAUCUUUUCUCAUGAUCGCGACGCACUUUCUACUACCUACCGUGACACAUACUCUUUUGGAGUGUCGUAUGCCUAAACGUGUCCGACUUCUCUCCCUCAUAAUCGACAUGAUAAGCCAAGAUUUACCCCAUUAUUGUUAUCUUCAACUCAAAAGCUGUGCUGAUCUCAAAUCCAAAGUGAUGCAAUGCUGCCAUCUACUGGUGUCUGCUCGUCACUACAGUGGUUUACAAACCUGAAUUUUCACAGACAAGCUAAGCGAAACCCACUUCCAUGCCUACCCGUGGAAAAACGUACGUGACAAAUAUAUAUGUCGGUUGCAGCAAACGGUUCCAUUUCGGUUAAGAAAUAGAAAUGUCCACAGCAGUCAAUGAGUGAAGGUACUGUAAUGCCCUGGCAUGCGCACAAGGAGAGCCACGGUCAACGACACACUUUUAGCUGUUAGCCAUAAUGGGACAAACAGAAGAAGAGAAUACAAAAUGCAAACUCUCUCAAGGAGCAUCGAGAAGAAGCUCAGACUGAACUAACUGCAUGGUAAACGGACAAUCUGCCUGUCUCCAGCGCCUGACAUCACUCACUUGGCUACAUGCCUUAAAGGCACACAUCAACACACAAAUACUACAGUGCGUGUGUAUGAGACUUUUGGCUUUUAUUCCGUUACAAUCUUUUUCGUUAAGUUUCAUUGUUUUUAUAGUCAUAUUUUGUCAAAUUCCGUGAAAGUGGUCAGCGGUGCAAAAAAGGUUGGGGACCGCUGACUUAAGCUAAAAAAAAGACAUUCAAAUUCUUUAUUUUCACUUUUUUUCCCCUUGCUGCUUUGCUCUCUAAGGGAAUAGGAAUUAUUAUUUUGAUCCAAAUUCAUCAUGAUUCAGCUUUCAUGUUGUAACAUGCCUCAAUUGAAGCCGAAUGGCCAGAACGAGAAGGCCUUUAGCUUUGCUAGCAUGGCAAGCGGACCUGACAUGAGAGGAAACACCGGUUGCCAUGGUAACUACAUGCCCUUUGUCUAGCCUUUUUUUUGCUGCCCUCUUGUUAGUCAUUAGUGAAAUGCCUCUUAUUUUAUAUUUUCUUUUGAUGGUUGCUGCGUACUGUGUAAGGAAACAUAACUUUAUAUUUGUAUACAAAUUCACAUUUUAACCUGCCUCAAAUCAAGCCAAAAGAGCGGGAACAAGCAGGAUAUUAACGUAUCUUAUCUUAAAUUACUACAACAAAGGAUAUGUUUCACAUCUAAGCGCAAACGCCGGUUGCCGAGGUAGCCACGCUCUUAAGUCUCCUCAAAAGAGCGGGGACAAAGCCGGCCAUUAGCCUCUCGCUUAGCAUCAAGUACAACAACAAAGGAGAUUUUUCUCAUAAUCGACAUGGGGGUCAUUUUUAAAGGCCCCCCCCCCACCACUACCCUGGAGUUGGGAGCCACCCCCCAAUUGCACACCACUACUACAUCAUCGUUCCAGCACUGUAACACAAACAAAACCACAAGAAAAAAUGAUGAGGAAUAAAAACAUCAACAGUGGGAAAUUAGGAAAGCUGUACGUGAAGUCUGUCUGUCAAUCAAACGCUGGAUUCAAAAGAGGAUGUGGAGGACCACUUGGCUGUGGAAGAAAGUGCCUGAAGAUCAUCAUCACAUUAUGUUCAUGGACCACACAAACACACAUACUGUAUCACCAUGUAUAUGGACUUUUUAUACAUGACAUUUGACGUACUAUCCAUGCGACAAUAUUUACUGUACAUAUGUAUGAAUUUCAGUUCUAUUUUUUUAUCGUGAUGUAGACAAAAAAGAUGUGUAAAAAUAACAACGUAUCCUGUGUGUGUGUAAUCGUGCCUGUUUUGUAUGUAUGUGCGCGUGUGUGCGUGUACACGUGUUUGCAUGUGUGUUAGCGUGUCUGCGUGUCUAAGUGUGUACGCGUGCGUAUGUUUGUUUGUAUGAGUGUGUGAUUGUGUGCAUGUCCAAAUGUAUGUAUUUAUGAGUGUGUUCGAAUAUAUGUUUAUGUGUACGUGUAUGCUUUUGCGUUAAUGUAUGAGUGUGCGGGUUUUUGUGGACGUAUGAGUGUGUGUUUGUGUACGUAUGUGUGAUGAAACACACACACACACAACGUUUCAGUGACAUAAAUCAAUAAAGACAAAUGGAAGUGAAAA